AUGCACGCUUCAGUGGCAGGGAUGUCCUGGUUUCUUGUUAUAUAUCCCCAACACCCCGUCCAACGACAACAACAACAGUUCAAUGAUUUGAUCUUUUUUGGUUAUGGUAAUAUGGUUGCCGUGGCUGCUGAAGUUUUGCUGUGUGCCGCCAUUUCGUCACUAAUCGAUCUUGAUCAUUUUUUGGAGGCCAGCUCUUUCAGUUUGGAUAAAGCCUUAUCACUCAGUAGACGACCGCCAUUACACAACACAUCAGUCAUCGUCCUAACUUCAAUUGUCCUACUCCUGAUUUCAAGGUUCACUGACAUAAGGUUCCUAAAAGUACUACCUUUCCUCUUCCUGAUAUCAACUUUAACUCAUCAUUUAAGAGAUGCACUUGAUUCCCAGACGAUAGAUUAUUUAUAUUUCAAUUCCUCUUUUGUAUCAAAAACGCCCAAAGAUGGUCCUAGCAAUCAGAAGAUGCAAACAAUCAGUACUGAUAUGAGAUACGUCAUUUCACCUUACAUGUCUUCAACUAAUACUGUUAAACCCAGUGGAAAGCUACGACUAUGGGCUAUAUAA